AUGUCUCAACCUAUUUUCCAUUAUUUUGAUGCCAGAGGUCGUGGUGAAGAAAUUAGAAUCUUAUUAAAUUAUGCAGGUGUAAAAUACACUGAAGACAGAAUUGGACCAUUAACCGAUGAAAUUCGUUCGAAAUUAACCUUUGGACAACUUCCAUGGUACCAAGAUGGAUCUCUCAGUAUUACUCAAUCGAUGGCGAUCGAGAGUUAUAUUGCAAGAAAGUACUCAUUACUCGGUGCCAACGAAGAGGAGAAUGCAGAGAUUUUCAGUUAUGUAUUGUCGGUUGCCGACAUGUUAGAUUCAUUCAUCAAAGCAUUUAUGGGUGGUCCCGAGCAAAAAAAGAACUUUGACGAUGUUGUUGCACCAAGACUCAUCAAAGCAUGGGAAUCAAAGAUCAACUCCAACGGUCAUCUCUUUGGAAACAAGAUAUCAUGGGCUGAUUUGGCUGUUUUCAAUAGUGUCGAUUAUUUACUAUGGGCCAAGAAUGAUAAACUCUUCACACAAUCACCAAAGUGUCUUGCACUUCACAAGAAGUUGGCUGAAUCUCCACAAUUGAAACCAUACUUGGAAUCAAGACCAAAAGAUAUUAAAUUUUAA